GAGGGCGGCAGCGACGGCAGCAGCAGCUCGGGUGCCUGGGCGGGGGACGGCGUGUCCCUGUGUGUCCCCGCACACGCCCCGGGAGCCGGCGCGCAGGCGGGGCAGUGGCCGCCGCUGCUAAAUGGCUGCGCCCAGAGAGCAGUGGAGGGGGCGCAGUGCGGAGCAGUAGGGAGUGUGCUGCUGUCCUUUUCCACGCAGCUUGGAUCGAUGGCCUUCUUGUAGGCUGCUGAAAGAACUUUAAACGUGGGUGUGUCCGACCCUCUCAAAUCUCUUCCACUCGUUGUCCUCUUUACAGUGGAAAUAUGGAGAGGCUGCCUACAUCUGCUGUACACAACCAGUCAGGACCUGGAGUAUAGCAGAGUUCAAGAAGUGGAUAAACUACAAUUUCAAUAUUUUAAUAUUACUCAAAAUUAUUUUUAGUACUUGGAGACUGAAUAUUCUCCUGGAGUCAUCAUAUGUCAGAAUUGUCCAAGGCUGUCUGAAACUGUUGCCCAGUAGGUGAACAUGGAGACAGAGCUAGACCCCAUGAAGGAUGAUUUGCCUUUAAUGGCAAACACUAGCUACAUGCUUGUAAAGCACUAUGUAUUGGACUUGGAUGUGGAUUUUAAAAGUAAAGUUAUUGAAGGCAGCAUAGUUUUGUUCUUUGAGACUGGGAGCCAGUACAGGAAAACCAGCAGUGCUGGCAAAGAAUGCUGCCAGUCACAGUUUGAUGAAACCUGUAAAAUGAGGGCAUCUGAACCCUGCCACAUUCCUAUGUUAAAUGUUAAAAUGAAAUGUAAUGAUUUUGCUGUCAGUGGUAAAGAGGAAGCUACUUCUGAUGAAAAUAGUAACCAUAGCAACAAUGAACAGGCUUCUGGGAUUUCUAGUUCAAAGUACUGCUGUGACAUAGAGGAUCGUGGAAACAAGGAUUUUCUGCUGGUAUUGGAUUGCUGUGAUUUAUCUGUGCUAAAGGUUGAAGAGGUAGAUGUUGCUGCUGUGUCAGGCAUUGAAAAAUUUACAAGGUCUGCCAAGCUAACUGGUGUUUCAAAGGAGCUGGAAAAUCUCAGGAUUCGGAUUGUACAUGAACUUGUGACUUUACCUGCAGAUCGCUGGAAGGAACAGCUAUACUAUUUUACUCACUGUAGCCAGGCACCUGGCUGUGGGGAGCUUCUGUUUAGUACUGGCACCUGGAGCUUGGAGAUACGGAAAUCAGGAAUUCAGACUCCAGCGGACUUUCCUCAUGCAAUAAGAAUAUGGUACAAAACCAAGCCAGAGGGAAGAUCUGUUACAUGGACUACAGAUCAGAGUGGCAGGCCAUGUGUUUACACAAUGGGAUCACCAAUAAACAACAGAGCCCUCUUUCCAUGCCAAGAGCCACCAAUUGCCUUGUCAACGUGGCAAGCCUCAGUUCGAACAGCUGCAGGCUUUGUUGUGUUAAUGAGUGGUGAAAACUCAGCCGAACCAGUCCAGCUUCGAGAAGGUAUCUUGAGCUGGUACUACUAUGUGUCUAUGCCAAUGCCAGCAUCCACCUUCACUAUUGCUGUGGGGUGCUGGCAGGAAGUUAAACUGCAGUCCUUCAAACAAAAAGCUGCUAUUGGAACAAACACUGAGUUUUCCUUGCCAUCAUCACAAACUGAUUUAAGGUGGCAUGAAGAAAUCUGUGGUCAUGUGGAAUAUCCCUGCCGUUUCCAAAAUCCUGCUGCCAGGUUGCAAGCAGUCAUUCCUUAUAGAGUCUUUGCUCCCUGGUGCCUUAUGGAAAGCUGUGAAGAAUAUUUGCUUCAGCUAAUUCCUCAGUGCCUCUCAGCUGCUUAUGCCACACUGGGUACCCACCCCUUUUCCAGGCUUGAUGUUUUGAUUGUUCCUUCCAACUUUUCCAGCCUGGGAAUGGCUAGCCCACACAUCAUCUUUCUGUCACAAAGUGUACUGCCAGGAGGAAGCCAUCUCUGUGGAACUCGUCUGUGCCAUGAAAUUGCUCAUGCUUGGUUUGGACUGGCCAUUGGUGCUCGUGAUUGGACAGAAGAGUGGAUAAGUGAAGGGUUUGCCACUUUUUUAGAAGACAUAUUUUGGGCUAGGGCACAACAGCUGUCACAUGAUGAAAUAAAAGGGCAACAGGAAUUGAAAGCUUUACUUCGCUGGCGCCGACUCAGAGAUGAGGUGCAAAAUUCUGAAGAAGAGCUGCAAGUUUUAAGGCCCAAAAAGGAGAGCACAGGAGAACUGAGUGAGUCUGGAGCCUCUGUUGUCAAAUAUGGUCUUAAAGCAGAAAAAAUCUUCAUGCAGGUUCACUAUUUGAAGGGUUAUUUUCUUUUACGAUCUCUGGCAAGGAAAAUAGGAGAGGUCUCAUACCUUGCAUCUUUACGGAAAUUUGUCGUUAAGUUCCAUGGGCAGCUUGUUCUUUCUCAGCUUGGCCAAAUGUCGAUAGAAUUCCACAAACUGCAGAAUAACAGUUUUUUAUAUAGAGAAAAGUUAUUUUCUAGCCCUGGGGUCUCUAGCCAGGAUUUUCUUAGCAUGCUGUUGGAAGACAUUCCUAAACAAAAACAGUCUGGGUUAACUGUAGAAAGUAUCUUCCAGAACUGGCUGGAUACUUCUGGAAUACCAAAGCCCCUGCUGGAGGAGGGAGAGACGUGGAAGGAGUGUCAGCUCGUCCAGCAAGUGAGCGGCGAGGUCACAAAAUGGAUUCAGACAAACCAGAGGAUCAAAAAAAACAGCAAAAAGAAAAUGAAGCAGGAUGAAGUUGUUUUCCAGCAGCUUCUCCCUGACCAGCUGGUCUUACUUCUGGAGUUCCUUUUGGAGGAGAAGACAUUGUGUCCUAGAAUACUGCAGUGCUUAGAGAGAACAUACCAGCUCCGGGAGCAAGAUGCCGAGGUUCGUCAUCGGUGGUGUGAACUUGUCAUUAAACACAAAUAUGAGCCUGGGUAUGCAGACAUUGAGAGAUUCCUUAGAGAGGAUCAAGCUAUGGGUGUGUAUCUCUAUGGUGAAUUAAUGGUGAAUGAAGAUGCAAAACAACAGGAACUUGCACGGAAAUGCUUUGCUGCAGCACAAGAACAUAUGGAUGCAUCCUCAGCCAAAGUGGUGGCAGAGAUGUUAUUCUGAGAAGUCCAGCUGCGGGAGCAGUGAGUUACAUACAUGUAGGCAUAGCUGGAGAACGUGGAGAAUGGCUUUGUUGUAAUGGACUGUACAAGAGGCAACUGUAAGUCCAAAUGGCCAAAGAAGGCCAAGCUCUGCCUACAGUUGUUUCCCAUCCUAUAUUCUUAACUCUGCUUACAAAAAUUUCAAUUGUGCUAGGAGCAUUUCUGUCUAAUGGAGCUGCAUGUUUACUUGACAGGCAGCAUGGUCUUUGAAAAAAGCCUGAUCCCGCAGUGGAAAUAUGAAACUGUGGACUUGGAAAUAAAUAUCAUGUGAGAACAAGUUGAUAAUUCACAUUUUUUUGUGUUAAGGUUAUGGAGGUUUUGAAUAUUGAUUAUGAGGUAAACAAGUAGCCUUAACAGGAAGAAGCUAGCUUGUUUAUGAAAUUAAAGGAGAGGAAUCACCAGAAAAAGCAGAAUUGCAAAAAUAUUUAUGGAAUGAAGAUUGCUGUGGGCUAUAAAUUUGCAAAGAUACUUUCCAAUUCUCUGUCUGAGCAGCUGGAGGUAGCCUUACAGUGUCUGCACAUGCAUGUUUAACUUAUAACCCAUUAAGUGUACUCGAAUGUUUCUUCGAGUACAGCAUACCUCAGUUUUUUGGUUAAUCAUAUAACUCAUCCGACAGACUGAUUGCUGUGGUUGUUCACAAAACUUUUCAGCUGAUUUGUGGUAUCAAAAUUCAGGCUCUUAAUUUAGCAAAAACAUUGUCACCUAAUACCAAGCAAAAAUCUUUUCUCCUGUUCUAGCAGUAUUUGACUGAGUUCCACUUGAUUUUGUAUUGGUUUUUUUGCUAUAUUUCUGUGAAAUACAGCCAAUGACAGAUACUAUGAAAGCAAGUUUGAUUAUGAAAAGCCAUGUUGUUAUUCUGUAUAGACAAGAACUGUGCCUGCCAAGAAAACUUUUUGGGAAAGGUGGAUCAGACUGUAGAGUGGCAGGAUAUCAGUGGUGGGGUAGGACAGACACCCUUUAAAAUAGUUACAGCUUAGGAGACUCUUUUGUGUACUCCCAAUUAUCAAGGACUCAUAGGAAUUUGAGUUAUGUUCAACAGUUCUUAAUCUUAAUCUGGUAGGUGUGUUCAAGUGUCUGAAGGCCAGAAACAAUAAAAUCAAAAUUUCUACAAGUUUCUGAUGGUAAGUAUUUAGCACAGGAAGAUUACAUAGUGUGUGGGUGUUAGCAAUAGUCUAGAAUUACCCCUUUGACUUUACAGAGUGGAAGUGCAUGGUUAGCUAUAACAUAAAAUCUAAUGAUACUGAGUACAAUACUCUGUGUGACUGUACAGCUUUCUUUUAAUGUUAUGGCUGUUUGGGUUCCUGGCAUGAUGAUUUGUGACUUAAGAUUAAAAUCACAUUGCCAGGGAUUACCACGCAACCAUGACCACAGCUGCCAGCAUGAAACUCACCAUUAACGGUCUGAUGGGUGCACAGCGUGGAAUCCUCUCCAUCUAUCAAACAAACAAACAAAAACCACACAUCCACACAGCAGAAAAAAAAAUAAGAGAGAGAGAGAAACAAAUCCCCAAACCCACCAAAAACAGAGGAUAGCAGCAGAGCAUCAUGGAAGAACCUCCUCCGAAAACUUUCUCUGCUGAGACCGAGAUCUCUCUGGCGAGGUGCAGAGCUUAGCUGAUUGGUGAACAGUGAUUGUUUUCCUCUUUGUUCACAGUGGCUAAGUUCUGCACCUGAAGAGAAGGGAGAGGAGACUCUCUGCCGGGCAGAGAGCAUUUGCUGGCUGAGAUCCCUUGCUGCUGAACAUGCAGAUUUGUGAUGAAUGCAUGUGUCCGAGGUUCAGUGUAUGGAGAAUAAGAGGCAGAGGCAACCUGGGAAGGACUUUGAGUUUUAGUUGAGAAUUAACAGUGCUCCUUAAGUUUUCAGUCUGAUUGCAAAUGUAAGGCAUUGCCUACAGUAAUUUGGUUACCAUGCUUCCCUGAAGGUCAGAGGAAAUAACAUUUGUGACUUUAACCUGAAAUUGUCAAUAAAGCUUUUGUUUUAUAGUCUUCUCUUUAAUGGAUGCUGUCAUGAUCCUCUCUGCAGUUUUAGGUUAGUACUGUGUUGUUUGCAGGAAAUGGUGGCAGCUCCAGUCGGAAACAACUUAGAGCUGCUGCUGUUGUUCCAGGCUGUUGAUGGACCCGUCCUCCGGUGCCUACUGAGCUGAUAUCAGUUCUGAUUUUACACACUGGCUCAGUUCAGCAGGAACAGGAGUCGAGCCCUAGAGCAAAAAACAAGAUGUACCUUUCCUAAGAGCCUUUGAGAAAUGUUUUUGCUGUUUUCUCUCAAAAAAUGAAUCAGUACACAUUAUGAUAUCCUGAUGUUAGACACUAAAUGGCCUAAGGUGGAAAAGCUACCUCAGUACUGUUUAAGAGGACUGGUGGCUAAAGAUGAGAAGGUAUGUGGAUAUGUAGCACAUCACACAGUAUUGCUCUGGUAACUUGCCUCCAACAUUAUUUUCAGAGUAACCUGCUAAUAACCAAGAGAGAGAGUGCUUCCACCAUGGAUCCCUCCCUGUCUUCUCCAGACCUUGUUGUGGUAGCUUUAGGAAGAUAAAGAGACCACUGUUAACUCUGUAGCUACAGUUACACUCUACUGGUAACCUAAAAUACAACUCAAUUUGGAAAGCUGGGGUAAUCAAGAAUUCACAGAUAUUCCUUCACUGUGACAGAGUAAUAACUUUAAAUGCUGUUUCCAUUGCAGGAAAGAUCACAGACAACUCUUUUAAUAGAUCUACUAAACCCCGGUGGUACUAGGAUUUCACUGACCCAGGACAUCAAAGGAAGGAUUAUGUGACUGCUAAAACAAUCAGCUGACAGAAAUAUUUACCUUUCUGUAUUUCCAGAGGUCCAUUGUAACUGAGAACACAUGCACACAAAACAAACUACACACACACACGUGUUACUCCGGCUCUAGGUAAUUCUUUGAUACAAGAAUUUUGGGAUUUAUUCUUGCGCUUUGGUAAUACAGUCAUUCCGGUUUGCAGAUGCCAAAGAUUCUUGAUUCGAACAACUUCAUUAAUUUGGGCAAUCUGAAAAUGGAUGAAAUUGUAUUGUGUACUUAAAAUUUUGUUUGUAACUUCUGUUCAUAUUUAUAAAAGCUCAGUGUAAAAUCAGCAGAGGGUGGGGUGGGGCUCGUAAGAUUAGACAGAAGCAGAAAUAAACUGUGGGAAGUUACCUGCCAUCAUCCUGGUGAUGGGAUGGGACUGAAGAAAAAACAAAGAUCAUCAUGCUCUCUCUGCCAUGUUUAGGUUAAAUUUUACUAGAUAUGUCAGACCUCCCAUUCAUACCUUUGUGGUGCUUAUUUUGCAAUGAUAUGUCAAGUGUAUCUCUUCUUUCCUGAUCAAUGAAUCUCUACAUUUUUAGAAGAUAUCUUAAUUGUUCCUUUCAGAGAGUAAGAAUUUAAACCACAAAAAUAUGUGAACUUAUUUCUCCUGUACUCUAUUGUUUUAUAUCAAGUCCUCUUUGCUAAUAAUAAAAUUAUAAAAAUAAAUUUUUUUAAAGUACAUAUAGUCA